GCACAUUUCCAGCUUGUAAGAAGGACGCCAGGAAUAGUACUCCAAAAAUGGCUGCCCAAGCCAGGACACGGAGACUUCAUUUCCUGGUUCUGUUUUCAAUUUUAUCCACAUCUGUUAUACGCGUCAACUCCUUAGAUCAGACAACUAUAACAUGUGGUUCCUCAUACGAAUCAACGUGGUUCCGUUCUGCAGUGCUAACAUACCAGAUGCAAGCGUCCUUUAAACCUUACCAGGAUCCUUCAAGCGAUAUCCAUUGUGACAUCUCCGUGACCUUCACCCGGGGCAUGCACCUUCUAGUCGAUCUGUUCUUUGUGGACAUCAUCCCACUGACUCUUAACAGAACAACUUGUGACACGGGCUUAGAGAUCUUUGAUCAGGAGGGACGAAAGUAUUACGAUGGACGACGUAUCUGCGGAGAAGCGCGUGAGUGGGAGGAGCAAAAAAAGACAACCAAUCAAACGGCUGUCAUUGAGAAAUCCCCACUGAUAUUACGUCUAUACAGAAACAGCGCUUACAAAGGUCAAGGCUUCAAAAUGCAUCUCAACGAAUUUAGACCCUAUUGGCCUUGUUACACAGGAGAGUUCAAAUGUAAACAUAUGCAGCGCUGUGUCAGCAAGGAUCUAAAAUUUGAUGGCUGGAAUGAUUGUGGAGAUAACUCAGAUGAAAACAGAGGUGUGGCGAGGCAUUGUGUUAGACACGUCAUUUGGCUCCUACAAUUGGUUAUAUUUACAUAUAUAUUUUUGUAAAAAAUAAUACUCGCAAGCACAAUUCGACGCUGUAUUGUGUUACGACUGUGGGGGCAUAGAUUGCAGGGGUAGGGUUGACAAUAGACGUGACCCAGACUAAACAGAUCUUGACGAAGACGAUUAGCGGAGCACGUGUUACAAUUAGAUUGUAAUUACGA